AUGAUGGACAGCCGCAUCCUGGAUCACCCCCAUGCCCAGUUCGGGGGCUCGCUGGGCGGCAUGGUGGGCUUUCCCUACCCCCUAGGCCACCACCACGUCUACGAACUGGCGGGGCACCAACUGCAAUCCGCGGCCGCGGCGGCCGCCGCCGCCGCCUCCGUCCCCUUCUCCAUAGAUGGAUUACUGAAUGGUUCUUGCGCUGCCUCAGUAGUCAAUCCCACCCCACUGCUGCCAUCGGGCUGCGGGGUGAGCGGGGACAGUCAGACCUUCAAGCUGUCAGACUCCGGAGACCCGGAUAAGGAAAGUCCAGGCUGUAAACGGAGAAGAACCCGCACCAACUUCACAGGCUGGCAGCUGGAAGAGCUGGAGAAGGCCUUUAAUGAAAGCCACUACCCAGAUGUCUUCAUGCGGGAAGCGCUGGCUCUACGCUUGGACCUGGUGGAGUCCCGAGUGCAGGUCUGGUUCCAAAACCGCCGGGCCAAAUGGAGAAAGAAGGAGAACACGAAGAAAGGGCCAGGGAGGCCGGCUCACAACUCUCAUCCCACCACGUGCAGCGGGGAGCCCAUGGAUCCAGAGGAGAUAGCCCGAAAGGAGCUGGAGAAGAUGGAGAAGAAGAAACGCAAGCAUGAGAAGAAACUGCUCAAGAGCCAGAGCCGCCACCUGCACUCUCCCAGCAGCCUGUCCUUGCACAGUACGCCCAGCUCCGAUAGUGAUAGCGGCGGCGGCGGCCUCUCCCCAGAGCCCCCAGAGCCGCCCCCGGGAAAGGGCCCACGGCCGGCCCCCAGCGCGGCCAGCGAGCCACCGGCCCCCGGCAGCUGCGACCCAGCCUUUUACCCGAGCCAAAGAAACGGCGCCGGCCUGCAACAGAGGCUGAGCCGGCUCCCAGAUAAGGACUCUUCUUCCUCUUCGUCCUCCUCCUCUUCGUCCUCCUCUUCUUCCUCCUCCUCAUCAGACUGCGCCCCGGGUCGAGGUUCCUCCGGCUUCCCCAAGCCCAGCCCAUUCAGUGUAGAGAGCCUCCUGUCGGACUCACCCCCGCGCCGGAAAGCGCCGGCCACUCUGGACUUUGCGCCGGGCUUGCCUUGUGCCCCGCGGACCCUCAUAGGCAAAGGACAUUUCCUCCUCUAUCCGAUCACCCAACCCCUCGGCUUCCUCGUCCCCCAGGCGGCCCUUAAGGCCGGGCCGGGCCCGGAGCAGGCUCCUAAAGACGCCCCACCAGCUCCCCCGCCCCCCGCCUCUAAUCCUGGCCAGGCCAGUUUCGGGCCAGCCGCGGGACCUCCAGCUUACCCUGGCCCAGGCUCCACGAACUCUCCCUUUGCCAACUGUAGCCCAGACAGCAGUAGCGGGGGCGGCCAGGCUGGGACAGCCCUGGCACCCCCUGCUUACAGGGACUCGGCGGAGGGCGGCGGAACUGGAGCUGGAGGUGGAGCGGGAUGCGGAGCAGAAGCAGGUGGGGGUGGGGGAGGCUUUCCCCAGUCUCCCUCUCCUGCACCGCUCCCCCGGGAGCCCAGCCCCUGUGGGGACACGGCGAACUGUACCGCGACCGAGCCGGUAGGGCCCACGGAGCCUGGCGGUCCUGACUGCGAAGAGCUCGAUAUGGACUGA